AUGGAGCUUCCACAGGUGUAUCGGCGACGACGGGUUCUUCUGCUCAAAGUUCGACCAAUAACGAGAGCACUGGAGGCACUGGAACUACUAGUGCGAAAGUCGUCAAGGAAAGGCAAGAAGUCGCCAGAACGUCCAAAAACCUUAUUCAAAAAACAUAAAUCUCCUCGUGACAAAAAGAGGUCUAAGAAGUCCAAGAAGUCUGGCAGUUCGUCGAGCCCAACGAACAAGGACAUUUUCAUAACGACGACAACAACAAGCUCGGGACCCAAGAUUGACGGUGUCCCGGGAACGUCCGACGGAACCACGAGAGUGCUAAGGGAACGUCCGAUGGAACAGCAAAAGCGACAACCUCGGGAAGCAAAGGACGAGAACGCUUCGGGAAGGUCUGAUGGAGCAUCAAAAGGGACAACCUCGGGAAGCGCGGACGAGAAUGCUUCGGGAACCUCUGAUGGAGCAACAAAAGGUACAACCUCGGGAGGCGCGGACGAGAACGCUUCGGGAACCUCCGAUGGGACUGCAAAAACGACAACCUCGGGGAACCAGAACGAGACAACCUCAGGAAACCAGAACGAAACAACUUCGGGAAAUCAGAACGAGAGUGGCACAUCCGAAGGGACAGCAAAAACAACAACCUCAGCAACAAAGAACGACACUGCUCAGAAAACAUCCGAGGACACUGGAAGGAAAACGUCGGGUGAUCAAAUGCAAGGUGGUCAAAGCUCCCCUUCACCUUACGACCAGCCCGCUCAGCCCGGCGCUGCCGACCAAGCUGCACCACCAUCUGACCGUCAGCAGCUGGCUGCUGCCGACCAAGCUGCACCACCAUCUGACCGUCAGCAGCCGGCCGCUGAACAAGCUUCAGGAUCUGGCAAUCCGCCGCAAGCCGACGAUAAACCAGCAGCACCUGACGAUCAUCCACAGACCACAGCCUGCUGCCGCUAUCUCAUCAUAUCGUUUUAUAAGCAGAAGCACAACUGCGCCUGGAACGAUUUGUGCCAACGACAGACGGCGCUCAACCGGAUCUAUUUUCACGAAUUGGAAAUGAGUCGGUUCUGGGCAACUCCUGAAGCUGAGUAA